GCGUAUCUUUGUUGAUUUCCUGCCGCGCAUACGAAAUUUAAAUUGUGCGUCAAAUUCGAAAGAAAAAUAACCUGGCUGGUUGUUAGCUCUUGUUUUAUUUUAGUAUCUAACAAUAGCUUGGUUCUGAACUGUUCGUUUGUUAAGAGUGAAAUAAUGAAAGCUCACCGAGACUCUCAGCAGAGGCGACGAGUGUCUGUUGUCAGUUACAUCCACACGACAAGUGGUCGCCUUCGCAGACCACCCAGGGUGGAAAGACAUGCACCAGCUCGCCGCUGUAGCCCAAGCAGUGGAAGAGCUAAUCAACUUCUGCCAGCUGUACUCUCUCAAGAUGAUGUGGAGCCUGACGAACCUCGUGCAGUUAGUACCAGUAGAAGCUGUAGCUGCUCAAGUAUUUCCACAUACAGAAUGCGUGUGUCUGACAAAACAAGAUUGAGGCACUCUGUUGAAGCAGCUGCUUCAACAAACAAACGUACCAGGGAAACUCAAGCAUCAAACAUUAUACCUUCUGCAGAUUUGGCAGCAUGUUUGCCACCAGGGGAUCAACGCCCGUACGACAGCUCACGGUACGCCCCAAACGAUGCAGGGGAUGACGUGCUGAGCUACAGUGUCCUGCCUGCUGAAAUGCUGCCUUUUACUGCAGAAAGGCACCAAGCAUAUGACAAGUCUAAAUAUUAUGACACUACCCCCAGAGAAGUUCCUGUUUCGAGGAACCAGAUAGUGCUGCAGUUAAGGGAAGAAUUGGAGCAGUGGAGGAGGUCUCAGGCUAGCUCUGUUCAGUCACUUGAAGAGCGGUACCCUCAGUGGGCAGACUGGAGGGCUGAUAUCCUGCCACAGACAAGAAAGAAACGACCAUCGAGUGCACCAGAAGUUUGCACAAUGUUCAGAGAAGGCAGUGAGGAGGCAGAAGCGAACAAUGUUAAACAGAAGGAUGAAUUGGAAACACGACAUUCUGCUCAGGAAGUGGUCACGUCGCGCUCAGAGCCAUCUACCUCCCAGGGAUACUUGGGGGCCGGAUCAUCCAUGAUGGACUUACAUUUUCAGUACAGAAUUGGAGUAUCAACUAUCUCGUAUAUUAUACGAGACGUUUGCUCUGGCAUAUGGCGUAAAAUGAAGUCAAAAUGUUUUCCCGACCUCUCGAAAGAUCUAUGGCUUGCCUCAGCUGAAGGAUUCCAUAAGAGGGCCAACUUUCCUCAUUGUGUGGGUGCAGUGGACGGGAAGCACAUCAGAAUUGUAAAACCCACUUCCAGUGGUUCACUCUACUAUAAUUAUAAGAACUAUUUUUACAUUCUGUUGUUAGCUGUUUGUGAUUCGACGUACAAAUUCUUAUUUAUAGACGUUGGAGCACAUGGGAAAUCGUCCGACUCAACUGUGUUUCGUAAUACAGUGUUAAAUAAGAAACUACAAGAUGGUACGCUUGAUUUACCUGCACCAAAACAACUGUCAUUAUCGUUUGAAAGACCUAUGCCAUUCAUGUUAGUAGGAGAUGAAGGUUUCGGAUUGCCAAAAUUUAUUUUGCGCCCUUAUGGUGGAAAGUAUUUAGACAUUUAAAAAACGUGUGUUCAGCUAUAGACUGUGCAGAGCUAGAAGGUACAUCGAGUGUACUUUUGGAAUUCUUGCAAACAAGUGGCGCAUUUUCUAUCGACCACUGGAUGUUAAAUUAGAUUUGGCAGAGUCUAUUGUGAAGACAUGUUGCCUCGUCCAUAACUUUGUGCGUGAUCGUGAUGGAAUACAGUUUCAGGAUAUGUUAACUAUUCAGGGAUUGCAGGACAUGUCACCUUGCUUGGUCCGUGGAGGAAAUAUUGCGAACGGUAUCAGAGAAGAUUUCGCAAAGUACUUCAUCAGCCCUGAAGGCGAAGUGCCAUGGCAGCUGCAAAAAAUCUAAGUGCUAGAAAUGUUAUGUGAACAUUAAUGUCGUUAGGCCUAAAUGUUCACUGGAAUUGUAUUUGAAAUGUGCAGUGUUCAAUUAUUACCAUGUUAACUGUAAGAAACCAUACUGUUGCGUUCACUGAACUGAUUAAAACCUGCAAUUAAAAUUAUAAUUACAAUCCACUUGUUUGUAUUACAGUUGUGAGUACCUAACUGAACAGAACCCAAGCACGAGCAC